AAACCUUUUUGUCCCAUAAGGCAUUUCGGGUCAACUCACGUGGAAGCAUGGCUGUGUUCAUGGACUUCAAUAUUAGCUACACAACCGACAAGAAGCGACUUCAGAGUGUUAUUGAAACAGCAGCUCAUCUUGGAUACUCCACAGUUGCCAUCAAUUAUGUGGUUGAUUUGGAACAAAAUAAGCAGGAAAUUGGCAAACCGAAGUGUGUCUCCGAGCUGUUUGAUACAUUUCCCAUAGUGCAGGGUAAAUCCAGACCAAUCAAGGUGUUGAACCGACUGACAGUUGUGGCCUCAAGGGCAGCACACUUUAAACCAUUAAGAGAGUACAAAGCCUAUGACUUAGUGGCUGCCUAUCCUAAAACGGAGAAGUUGUUUCAUGCAGCCUGCAUGGAAUUUACUAUUGACAUCAUCUGUGUAGCAGCGACAGAAAAACAGCCCUUUUUUUUCAAAAGAUCUUCAGUCAAUGGGGCAAUUGAAAGGGGUGUGUUUUUUGAGGUAAGUUACACACCUGCAAUCCGAGACUCCACCAUGAGAAGACACACCAUCGCAAAUGCUCUAAAUCUCAUGGAGGCGUGCAAAGGCAAGAACGUAAUUGUGACCAGUGGGGCAGAAAAGCCCCUUGAGUUGAGAGGACCCUAUGACAUUGCCAAUUUGGGUCUACUGUUUGGCCUGUCAGAAGAAGAUGGCAAAGCUGCGAUCUCAACCAACUGUCGAGCUGUCCACUUACAUGGAGAAAUGAGAAAGACUGCCUUGGGGAUAGUACACUCUAUGAAGAAUGAGCAGCCUUUGACUGAGAGAUGGGAGAAAGAGGAUGUUCCCGCAUCAAAGAAGGCUAAGAUUGAGAUGGCGCAGUAGAAAGUAAUCACUUGUUUGAAUUGUGAUACGUUUUCUUUCUGGAUAGAGAAUGUGUUUAUGUAAAUUUACUUUUAUGAAUAUCCUUAUUUGUGGAAAUGUGACUGUUUUCUAGUAACUGCUCAGUGGUUGUAUAGUCAUGUAUUAGCAACAAUGAUGACGCUUGUUCCUUUUAGACAAAGCAAACAAAUUCGGGUGACAACGGCAAUUCUGUUUAUUUCAUAACGUAAUGUGAAAUAACAAGCAAAAUGCUAAAGGUAAACAUGUAGUAGAACAAUUAAAAUUACUUCAGGAAGUGCAUAAGAAUCACACAAGCAUUUUAAAAUCCUGUGUUCUCACUGACUAGCACAAAAUCAGUUUGAAGCCAUCAACUCUCAUUUUAUAUUAAAGAGAAAUUAAAAAUGUAUUGAUUCAAAAUAUUUUUUCCAACAAUUAAACUACGAUUUAGUACGUAACUGAAUGCAUAUUAUAGUCAUGCUGGUGUCAUAAGUCAAGUCACAAUUACAAUUUCCAAACUUUCUCUUUUCCCAUAUAGUUAUUUGUCAACCUUUUCAACCUUCUUGAGCAUCUCAGACCUCUAAUAAGCUGCCUAUAAAGAAACAAACAUCCUUAGAAGCAAAUGCUAAGUUACUUCAAUUUUUCAGCCCAAACUUCUGCUAGUUUGCAAGAAAUGACUUUCGGGCUUGAAGUCAGCCUCCGGUUAAUGAAACCUUGAAAGCUGUAUCGCCAUAAUCAAGAGUGGUUGUCAAAGUUAGUCUCUCCACAAAGGAACUGGGUUAGCGUUUGCUUUUAUCUACUUAUUCUGAGUUUGAGACCUGUGUAAAAUGCAAUUGAACUGGACUUUACUUGACUGGAGUUUUUGCAUCAUCCUUGAAGUUGCUGAGAAUAGAUUUAGCCCCACUCUGCCACUCCAGCGUGCUAUCCAAUGGUGACUUUCCCUCCUGUGUUGAAGAAAAGCAAAGAUAUAUAAAAUAUUUCAAUAGUAUGUUUUCCUACGUCACUCUGGAUAAGAGCUUCUGCUAGAUGACUAAAAUGUGAAGGGCCUUAUUUCUUCUGCUCCUGAGUGGCGCAGCAGUCUAAGGCACUGCAUCUCAGUGCGAGAGGUGUCACUGCAGUCCCUGUUUUGAAUCCAGGCUGCAUCACAUCCGGCCGUGAUUUGGAGUCCUGUAGGGCGGUGCACAAUUGGCCCAGCGUUGGCUGGGAUAGGCCGUCAUUGUAAAUAAGAAUUUGUUCUUAACUGACUUGCCUAGUUAAAUAAAAAAAAUCUGUACUCGGAUGCAAUCUUAUGUAUCACCACAAGAUGGCACUGUGGUUAUGUAUCAAUCCUGUCACCUUUGCUAUCACUAGUUUGAUUCUCUGAAUACAUGAUACAUGUAAGCCUUACGAGCAAAUAAGUCAUUUUAAAAUCAGUGUGUUAUUCAAACAAAAUACCACAUGUUUGCUGGCCAUGUUAGUCAAGAACUUACGCAAUUCUUGAGUUUUGGAUUGGCUCCAUGAAGCAGAAGUAGUUGGAUGAUUUUGAAUCUGUUCAGUCUUACUGCAUCGUGCAUGGGGGUAUCUCCUUCCUGUGUGAAAAUAAAACCUCCUACUUAAAGAA